GUGGCAGGCGCAAUCUCCCUUAAACCACGUCAGAGCCACCAAUGAUUGCGUCAUUGCAUGAAUGAAGGUUGAAGGAAACCUUCCCAAAAGGGACCACCCCCUCACUGUCUGGUUGUUGGACCAGCGAGAGGGAAAGGGUCAAGAAGUGGCACCAGAAGAAGCACCAAAUCCUCGUCGCUGCUGCCUUUGGUAUUUUGAGAAUAGUCUACUGAUCGCAGUCUUGUUGGUGGAGAAAGGAAACGACGCGUUCUCGACGUUUCUUGGAUCAAAAACUCAUCCUUCCGUCAAAAUAGACCCUUCCUUUCAAUCAGAUAAUUGUUUCAGUUUCGAAAUAAAAAUAAACUAUCCGGUUGUCGCAAUCUGCUCUUAUUUUCUGUCACCCGUACGAGGCAAAGAGGUUGGUGGUUGGCAGAUUUGUGCAUCUAAAUGGGAUCAGAGGGGCCACCAGCUGUUACAGUCCACAUUACUGGAUUCAAGAAAUUUCAUGGCGUUGCUGAGAAUCCAACCGAAAUAAUUGUGAGCAAUCUUAGUGCGUACAUGGAGAAAAAUGGAUUGCCCAAGGGGCUUGUUAUUGGUAGCUGCAAUGUACUUGAUACAGCUGGGGAAGGUGCCCUUCCUGAGCUUUAUCAGAUCUUUGAGGCAGCUGCAGGCAGUACCAAUCCAGAAUCUUCAAGUGGGCGCCGAGUCAUACUGCUUCAUUUUGGAGUAAAUAGUGGGGCAUCAAAAUUUGCAAUUGAGAAGCAAGCCAUUAAUGAAGCCACAUUUCGAUGUCCAGAUGAGAUGGGCUGGAAGCCUCAGAAAGUUCCUAUAGUUCUGUCAGAUGGGAGCAUUUUACGGAUGCGUCAAACCUCUCUUCCAGUUGAUGAGAUCACCAAGGCAUUAGCAAAAAUGGGCUAUGAGGUGAUGGCAUCCGAAGAUGCUGGCAGGUUUGUGUGCAACUAUGUCUACUAUCAGUCUCUUCGAUUUGCAGAGGAGCACGGCAUGAAAUCUUUGUUUGUUCAUUUUCCCCUCUUCUUCACCAUCAGUGAAGACACCCAAAUGAAAUUCAUUGCUUCACUCUUGGAGAUGCUUGCUUCUUUAAACUAGCUAAUCUCUUAGCUGGUUUGUUUACUUUAAUGGACAUUUAUGGAAGUGUCUUUUCUGCGUAACCUGUUGUAUGUGUACAUUGACAAGGAGAGGGAAAAUGAAUAACUUGUGCAAAUUGUCCUGUACAAUAAGUUUCUCUUCCAGAAAAAUUACCUUCUCCUUUCUUACCA